UCGUACUGGUAUUCCGUGGAUGUGCAAGUGCACGAAGGUGAUGAGUGAGAGGUUUGAAUGGGAUGGCUUUUUCUGUAUCAAACCAAAGAUAUGGUUAACGUCCAAUUGUGAAACUUUUACCAAUUAUUCGUAAUACAAAAUACAGAAGCCCUGCAUUAUGAAUGCCUAUAUAUGUUAUAAAUGGAGGGUUCUGUGGCCAGUGUCUUGUCUCGUGAAGGGGUGCCGUAUGCCCUGUCAUCAGAAGAAGACGUUGAAUGAUUUACUGCGCUCAUCCAUCAAGUUCCUAAAUUGUACAAGUGCAGUCCAUACGUACGUUACAAAUGUGAGCCGAAUGUGUGUCAUCAGGCACCGGCUUGGUUUUUCAAAACUGCCUGUGAGCACAUCUGCCCUUGAAGUAAAUACAAACGUAGCAAAAGAUGUGAUUUUGUACCGGUAUGAUAAUCCUAAGUUCUUUCGCAUUGUGAACAUCUUCGCAUUGUGCCAGUUUGGUUUUUGGACUUACCUUUCUCAUUUUGCCUUUACUUCGAUGAGGGAUGCACCUGUACCGAAAGAUAGAGACGAUCUACCCUGGUGGAGAAAGAUUAAUCUUGGAGAAAAUAAAUACAGAAAUGGUUUGACAGUUUUGAGUUUUCUUAUAGGGUAUGGUAUUCUGACAGCAGCAUGGUUAUUCACUCUGAAAUCCGUUCGAUAUCUGAUACUGCGGAAGGGCGGCGAUAAACUGACAUUUGUAACUUACACACCAUUUGGAAAGAACAGGAUGAUGACGGUUGAUGUAAACAAGGUUAGCAGCCAAGAGAGUCGACAAAAUGCUCGCGUUCAACUGCCCAUAAGAGUGAAGAACUUUCGCCUCUUUUUUAUGCUGGAUAUGAAAGGGGAAUUCAAAAAUCCAAAGCUAUUUGACCACACUGCUGGACUCAAGAGGGUGUGGAAAGAUUGAGGUGAACUGCACUGCUGUAGUAACUUGGAAAAAAAGAGACAUAAGUUGUAAUAUUGUAAUAAAAAUAAAUAUUUUUUCAUUUAUGAGAA